CAAGUAAUUAAGCAGAACACUGAGGAUUUCGAAGCUUUUGAGCAAUUUAAAAAGAAAAGAGAAAAGAAAGCUAGAAAUUUACGAAAAUGCCAAUCAACAGAAUUGCAGUUGGAACGCCGGGAGAGGCAAGCCACCCUGAUGCAAUUAGGGCUGCGUUGGCUGAGUUUUUUUCCAUGCUUAUUUUUGUCUUUGCUGGGGAAGGCUCUGGCAUGGCUUUCAACAAGCUUACUGACAAUGCGUCAACCACACCUUCGGGGCUCGUAGCUGCAUCAUUAGCCCAUGCAUUUGCACUUUUUGUGGCGGUCUCAGUGGGUGCAAAUAUUUCUGGUGGUCAUGUAAACCCUGCUGUCACAUUUGGUGCAUUCCUUGGUGGAAACAUAACACUCUUGAGGGGCAUUUUGUAUUGGAUUGCACAGUUGUUGGGAUCAGUGGUCGCUUGCUUGCUGCUCAAGUUUGCCACCGGGGGAUGGGAAACGGCAGGAUUCUCACUAUCGUCUGGCGUAUCGGUAUGGAAUGCUCUAGUGUUUGAGAUUGUGAUGACCUUCGGCUUGGUCUACACAGUGUAUGCCACAGCAGUGGAUCCAAAGAAGGGGAAUGUAGGGAUUGUAGCACCAAUUGCAAUUGGUUUAAUUGUUGGUGCAAACAUCUUGGCUGGUGGUGCGUUUGAUGGUGCAUCUAUGAACCCAGCUGUGUCAUUUGGGCCUGCUGUGGUCAGUUGGUCAUGGACCCACCACUGGGUGUAUUGGGCCGGCCCACUAAUUGGUGCUGCCAUUGCAGCUCUUGUCUAUGACAACAUCUUCAUUGGUAAUAGGACCCAUGAACCCCUUCCCAACAAUGACUUCUAGAAAUUAGUCCAUCUUGAUUAAGAUUUGAUGGGAUGCAAUUGUUCACCUCAAGGUCUCUUCGGGCAAAAAUCGAAUUUCAUGUCAUUUGGGGGGGUUUAAAUUGAAUUUCAUGUACUUUUUGUUGUAGGGAUUGUCAUUUUUAAUUUUAUGUUGUAAGAGGGAGUAGAGCUUGUUGGUUUAUGAUGUCAGAUCGUUUUAGUGGAAUUGCCUUGUUUGCUU